AUGUCUGUACGGAUUGGCGUAUUGACGGAGGACAGCACCCUGGCUGAUGGUCUAAAGGCUGCAUUCACAGCGGCGGAAGAGCCAUUGAUAGCCGCUUCGUGUGAUGAAGCCAUCGCAAAACUUAAGGAGAAGAAAUUUACCGCACUGUUCACAAGUGCUGAAGACCGAAACUAUCGCCAAGCGGUGCAGAAAGCCCUUGACGCUGGACUUGGCAAGGAGUAUUACGAAGCGCUCAUUGAACGAAAAACACCAUUGACAGCAAUGACUGAGGAAGACCUCAAAGCUCCUGUCCAGGGCGCUGCAGCUGCUGCCGUCCCCUCCCUUCUUGUAGCAGGCUUAACUGCUAUAGUAGCAUUUGCCUCUGCAUAG